GAGCCAGCCGCGGCCAGCGUGCUGGCCGGCGACCCGACCAGCCCGGCGAUUUGCGCCGCUGUGGUCUGGAGGCGGGCCUGGGUCGCGGACGCCGGCGGCGGCAUCGGGCUGGUCAAGCUGCGACAGGGCGGAGGCCUGCGGCGGGAGCAGCGUGGCGUCAAGGUGUCGGCCGCGGCCUACCAG